UCAUCUCUCUCCUUCGCUGGACUGAUUUCUGUGUCUCGCAUCCACGCACUCGAAUGCGGUUCACUUUUUGAUGUCUGGGGGUACGAAGAUACAGUUGAUGCCUUGCAUGGAGGAGCCAUCCGUACCGAAACUGCUUUACGAGACGCGACGUCACGCUUCGGGAACCUACACUUCCAAUUUCCCUUCCCCAUACCAGGUAAAUGAAGGUGCUAAGGGAGGCCUCUUACACUUGCUUUCGGUUCGAGGUGUCAGUCAACUCAAAGAGAAAUGGACAGAAUAUAAUCAGCCAAAACGACUUAGAAGGCUUAUAUCCCUGUUUAUUUCCCCAAGAGGCAAACAUGUUGCUGUUGCUACUGGAAAUCAAAUAACUACUCUGAGUAAAGAGGAUGACUACCGGGAGCCAUGUGGCAUUUUCACUAGUUGCAGCCUUUGUACAUUUAGUGUAGGAGCUUGGUCUGAGGAUGGUGACAUUCUUGGGAUUGCUGAUGAUACUGAUACACUGUAUUUUAUCAAGGCGAAUGGUGAGGUGAUAGCAGAAAUUACAAAGAAGCAUUUAAAAGUAUCUUCACAAAUAGUUGGCAUAUAUUCCGAUAGUGAUUUAAAUACGCAGAAGUCUUUCUUGUUCGCUGUCAUUACAUUAGAUGGUUCACUGCAACAUAUUGAGAUCAGUUAUGAGCCAAGUGUCUCCUUUUCCAAGCAGAUUUCUGAUCACAGGAAGCAUCUCUGUAACAAUGUCUGUGCCUUUGACUACCAUCAUGAACUUAAACUUUUUGUAGUUGUUGCCUAUUCCACCACCACGUCUCUAACAUCUGGCAAAAGCUCUGGGUCCGGCUAUCUUACUCUGUGGCGUAAAAGUGCGAGCGCAGAGUUGGAGCAGUUUUGUUCUGUUCAGUUUGAAGGCAUCUAUUUGAAACCAAAAGGCUUUAAAGGUCAGCUAACAUAUCCGAAGGUGCUAAUCUCAACAGAAGGCACCUUUAUUGCGACUCUAGAUUUGAGUGGGUCAUUGCAAAUUUUUAAACUGGACAAAGAAAGGUUUACCCUCUCUAGAUUUUCAUGGGGAAAGGGAGAUGAUUUACCUGAUCCUGAUAAUUUAUCAAAAGGAGGGAGGGCAUCUUUUGUGGAUAUUAUGGAUUUUACUUGGUGGUCUGAUCAUAUUAUUACUACUGUCAAUAAGAGUGGUGUGGCUGUGCUGAUUGACAUCCUUGAUGGCUCAAAAGUUCAGGAAGAUGAUCCUGCAUACUUUAUGCCUGCUCUGGAGAAGGCAGCAACAUCUAAAGGCCACCAGUUUCUUUUGGCAAGUUUUUUGUGCCAAGAAAAUUAUGAUUCUUCUGAGGUUGUGGCCUUAGAUAAGUUGCAGCGGAUGGAGUGGGUCACUGAAGAUGCACUGAAUCAGAUUCACUUUUUGAGGUUGCACUGGUGCCUUGUUUCAUUUUCUGAGAAAUCUAUUUCUGAAAUGUAUGAUAUGUUAAUCAGCCGCAAAAGGUUUCGGGAUGCUCUAAAUUUUGCUGAUAGUUAUGGACUGGAUAAAGAUGAAGUUCUGAAGUCGCAGUGGGUGAAUUCUGACCAAGGAUCCAAUGAAAUAAACACGUUUUUAUCGAAAAUUAAGGAUCGAGAUUUCAUACUUUCUGAGUGUGUUGAAAGAAUUGGACCAACAGAGGAUGCAGUGAAGGCUCUGCUUGCAUAUGGUCUCCGCAUCACUGACCAAAAUCGAUUUUCUGAAGCAACUUAUCAUAACAAUAGUCAAGUGUGGGAUAUUCGCAUGGCUAGACUUCGGUUAUUACAAUUUAAAGACAGGCUUGAAACAUAUCUUGGAAUAAACAUGGGCAGGUUUUCUGUGCAGGAAUACGGCAAAUUUCAUGUCAUGCCUAUUAGUGAGGCUGCCAUAGCACUGGCAGAAAGUGGAAAGAUUGGUGCCCUAAACUUGCUCUUCAAGCGUCAUCCGUAUUCAUUGACCCCUUCCAUGUUGGACAUUUUAGCUGCCAUUCCGGAAACAGUUCCUGUGCAAACAUAUGGGCAGCUUCUUCCUGGAAGGUCUCCUCCUUCUGGUGUUGCUGUGAGGGAAGAUGAUUGGGUUGAAUGUGAUGAAAUGAUUCGCUUCAUUAAUGAGUCAGUCAAUAGCCAUGACAUUAGCAUCCAAGUGAAAACCGAACCUAUUGUCAAGCAUAGUGCUGGAUUUUACUGGCCAACAACUAAUGAGCUCUCAAAGUGGUAUAAAGAUAGAGCUAGAGCUAUGGAUUGUCUUAGUGGGCAGUUGGAUAAUUGCCUCAGCUUCCUUGACUUUGGUAUUCGCAAAGGUAUAUCUGAAUUGCAGCAGUUUCGUCAGGAUGCCUUGUACUUGCACCAAAUUAUUUACUCUGAUGACAAUGAUGGUGAAUCAUGCUUCAACAUGAGUCUUGUCACAUGGGAACAAUUAACAGAUUACGAAAAAUUUAAAAUUAUGCUUAAGGGAGUCAAUGAGGAAAAUGUGGCUGAAAAAUUAUGCAACAAAGCAAUUCCAUUUAUGCAUGAAAGGUCUAAUAAGAUACCCACAGUAAAAGAUAUUCAUCUUUGCAAUUCUGCAAAUCAAAACGAAGAGGAGUCAUUUCUAGUCAGAUGGUUGAAGGAAAAUGCCUUGGAGAAUAAAUUGGAUAUAUGCUUAUCGGUGAUUGAGGAAGGGUGCAGAGACUUUCAAAGUAAUGCCUUCUUCAAAAAUGAGAUUGAAGUGGUUGAUUGUGCUUUGCAAUGCAUAUAUUUAACCACAGUCACAGAUAAGUGGAGCAUCAUGGCAGCAAUAUUAUCUAAGCUUCCUCAAUUGCAUGAUGGUGCAUUGCAAGUUGAGAACUUUGAAAGAAGACUGAGAGUUGCAGAAGGCCAUAUUGAAGCGGGGAGGCUUUUGGCAUUUUACCAGGUGCCCAAGCCAUUAAGCUUUUUCCUAGAGGCUUAUUCAGAUGGAAAGAAUGUGAAACAGAUUAUUCGCCUCAUACUGUCAAAAUUUAUUCGCCGUCAGCCUGGCAGAUCAGAUAGUGAAUGGGCCAACAUGUGGCGUGAUAUGCAGUAUCUGAGGGAAAAAGCGUUUCCUUUCUUGGACCUUGAGUAUAUAUUGGUUGAAUACUGUCGAGGACUUCUGAAAGCUGGGAAGUUUUCGCUCGCUAGAAAUUACUUGAAGGGUACUAAUUCAGUUGCUUUGGCAGCAGAGAAAGCUGAAAGCCUUGUCAUUCAAGCAGCUAGGGAGUAUUUUUUCUCGGCUUCAAGUCUUGCAUGUUCUGAAAUAUGGAAAGCUAAAGAAUGUCUUAAUCUAUAUCCAAGUAGUGCAAAUGUGAAGGAGGAGGCUGAUAUAAUUGAGGCGCUAACAGUUAAGCUCCCAAACCUUGGAGUGACACUUCUACCUAUGCAGUUCAGGCAAAUAGUAGAUCCAAUGGACAUUGUAAAGAUGGCAAUCACAAGUCAAUCGGGAGCAUAUUUGCAUGUGGAUGAACUGAUUGACGUUGCUAAACUUCUCGGCUUACGAUCACCAGAUGACAUAUCAGCUGUCGAGGAAGCUAUUGCUAGAGAAGCUGCUGUUGCUGGUGAUUUACAAUUGGCAUUUGAUCUUUGUCUUGUUUUGGUAAAAAAAGGGCAUGGAUACAUAUGGGAUUUAUGUGCUGCGAUUGCACGGGGUCCUGCUCUUGAAAACAUGGAUGUAAACUCUCGUAAGCAACUCUUAGGUUUUGCUUUGAGUCACUGUGAUGAAGAGUCCAUUGGUGAGCUUCUCCAUGCAUGGAAAGAUCUGGACAUGCAAGGUCAGUGUGAGACAUUAAUGAUGUCCACAGGAACAACUGCUUCAAACUUUUCAAUUGCAGGAUCAUCUGCUGGCCCACUUUCUGAGAAAAGCACUCCAAACAUAUCAUACCUUAAAGGUUUUGUUCAAGAAUUUGACAGUGGUAGCACAGACAACCAGAAUGUUCAUCUUGAUAAAGUUAGAGAUGUGGUCUCCAUUGUAGCUAAAACCUUGGCUGUUGAAAAUGAUGCAGAUUGGGCAUCGGUUUUGACAGAAAAUGGGAAAGUUCUGGCUUUUGCCGCUUUAGAACUCCCAUGGGUUGCUUGA